GUGGAUGUGCUGAGUGCUUCGUCUUGUUCUUGCGUACGAUAUCUGCUGUGUGCUUCUGGAUUCACAAUACUGUUCGCUGCUCAUCUCCACUUCAACAUCACCUUUGUAUAUCCAGCUUGAGGCUGAGGUCGACGGCUCGGGUAAGACCUUUUGAACGCCAGCAGGAGGGCAGAUUGUGGCAGCAUCCUGCUGUGUCUGAGCAAUGGCUACGGUUGAGGUAGCCGGCGACGGCGUGGCACUCCUGUACGCCGCCAUCGUACUACUCAUCAUCACUUGGAUCACCGUGUUCCUGCGGAUUUGCGUCCGAGUAGGGCGGAAGGUGUUCGGCGCAGACGACUAUCUGAUGGUCGCUGGACAGAUCCUGUUCACUGUGACGGCUUGCUUGUGUAUCGUAUGUUGUUUCUACGGCUCGGGCCAGAAGGCUAAGGACCUGUCCCCCCUAUCCAUCGCGAGAGGGAUAAAGAUUUUCUACAUCGCGGAGUACUUCUACGCGGUCAGUGCGGCGAUUAUCAAGUGCAGUAUCUCUGUCACCAUUCUCCGCAUUGCCGCUACGCAGCGUCGCUACAACUACACCAUAUACAUGGUCAUCGGCCUGACAUGGCUCGCGACCAUCGUCUUCUGUGCCGGCAUCGCUAGUAUCUGCCAGCCCAUCGAAACGCUAUGGGGCGAGGCCAAGGGUACUUGCAAUCUCAAGCUGAACAGCAACGUCUCGUUCUUCUUCUCCGCAAUUGAAAUCCUGACAGACUGGACCAUGGCCAUCCUGCCCGCCAUCAUGCUGUGGAAUGUGCAGAUGAAGUCCUCCGUCAAGGCGUCUGUAGUCGUCAUCCUCGCUCUCGCCUCAGUAGCAAGCUCCGCCACAAUCGUCCGCCUCCGCUACCUUGCGCUGUACAGUGACCCCGGUGAGUUCUUGUACGGCACAGGUAAGAUCGGAUUGUGGUCGCUUGUGGAAGAAGGCAUCGGUAUCGUAGCGGGCAGUCUGCCUGCGCUGCGCCCUCUGCUGUCCGUAAGAGUGACGUUCAGCUCCAGCAUGCAGACACCCAAGGGGGCGUCGUCCCACCGGUCCGAGCCCUUUGUCAAGUCGCGUGAGCAUAUGCGGAGGCCUUCAGCCGCGGUUGCACUAGACACGUUCCAGACAGGGGCAGAUGGCGACGAGUUCGACGAUGCGGAUAGCCAGAAGAAUAUCGUCAAGGAAACGCAGUACACGGUGAGGUCGGACCGAAUUGGGGUCAGCGAGCAGGAGAGGACCAGGAGCCAGGCGUUGGAGUGGGAGGGGGCGUUGAAGGUGUGAGACUGAGCAUAGCACCUAUUCUAGUACUGGAUCAGUA